GUGUACACAAGUACUGAAAUACAAAGUGCAUUUUACAAGCCCGUGUCCAUUAGCCAUUGGAAUACAUAAUACAUCUAUAUAACAGGUUCUCGGGAGUCAAAUCUACUUGGGGAACGUUAAAAAGGACAUUCCAAGUUAUGGCAGAACACCCUGAUCAACAAAAACAACUGGAAGCGGCGGUAGAAGAUGGAGACGAAACAAAGCAGUUAGAAUACGCCACGUAUUUACUGAAAUUAGUAAAAUCAGAUACCGAUGCAGAGGAAAACGGGAAGAAAGCUGUUGAUUUUCUAGUCAGUCUUUCACAAAAAGCCAACGACGAUGCCACAGUUUUACUUCGUGAAUGUGUCAAGGGCCAAACAGGUAUCACGGAGGCGAACAAAGCAGCUGUAAAAUGGUGCUUGGAAACCAGCGACCAGGAAAAGAGGAUUCGGGAAUCCGCAAGACAGCUUUUCAAGACAAUCCACAGAGACGACAGUGAUGGUCCUCUGUCGUUUAAGGAUUACGUCACAGCAGUGAAGGCAAUGGAAGCGAAUAUGCGUGUUAAAAGAAUGCUCGUGUUGGCAGGCAAGGAAGCUGGAGAUGACGUCACCGAGGAGAAACUAUCAAGAAUAUUAUCAGAGCAGAUUCAGGGGACACUUAACAUGACGUCAUCGGAACGAGAAAGCCAAUCAAAUGAAUUCAAAUCAGCUGAUAUGUUUACAAGGGUCACAAAGUACCCGAUGGAGACACUGAAAGUGGGUCUUCAGGAAGUCCAGGAUAUGGUUUCAGCAGAAGGCAUGUCGUGGGUCGGUAAUCUGCUGCCUACAAAUCAGCUCUACAUGAUAUCAGCCUUCUUCCUCUAUAGCUUCCUGUCCGCAAGUCUCCUCCUCUUCGUCAUUCCUCUUCUUGUAUUCUACGUCACUCUUGCUGUGUUGCUAGUGGCAACGUUGCAGAUCGUCGUCAACAGGCAGAGUCUGAGGAAGAGCGAAGACCUUGCAAAUACUCUACAUAAAUUUGACAAGGAUUUAGACAUGGAAGCAGCCAGGUCGAAAUUCAUCAGAAAUAAAUUAACGCCAUAUUGGAUAUUUCUUGCAGUUCUGCCACUUUUUGUUGCUGGACUGUCGUUAGUGAACAAAAAGUACAUCCCCUGUUCUGAUCUGGCGGUUUUAUCGUGUAUUAUAACGGGGAUAACUUUCUUCUUUUUUAUUGAAACUCCAUUGGAACUGACACGUUGGCUUGCAAUGCUUUUGAAUCUGUUCUCUUCACUUCCAACAAUUCUACGAAAUUUUCCAGACAUUCCUGUCAUUUCAAAAAUUGUAGGUUUUGUCACAAAGUCGUUUUACACAUUUGAUACUAUUUUUGGUCUGAAGAUAAACAUUAGUCUCCCGUCAAUUUCCUAUUCUUUGCUACCUUUAAUCUUUGUUAUCAUGGCGUUGCGUCAUUCGGGCGCCGGAAGUUACCGAGUUUUACUUCCGUUUUUUAUCACACAGGUGUGGUUCAGCGUUGCCACCACUUUGUACCCGUACACCAUGUGGUUCGGGUUGGUGAGAGCAUCUGUAGGAAACGCCCUUUUGCCUGUUCUUCUCCCCACGUCAAUUGUAGUUGGUAUAUUAUACAGUAUCUACCAGGCCUUCCAAACAAAUCUUUUCAUCCAAAUUGCCAUUGCUGCUGUUCUUGGACUUGUUCCUUUAAUUCUAUCACAAACAACAGCCCUUUUUGGAUCUAACGAUGGAAAGAAAACUAGUUCAACCAAGAAGUAUGUAAUGCUUAUGUUUGGUGUAAUGGGAUUUCUGCCUUUAACUUCUGUUUUCAGCUUUAUUCCAACGGAAAAUUCUGUACCGUUUAAAUUUGAAUUGGGAUGGACGGAGUAUAAAAACCUAUGUACAUCCGGGGAUGGAAACAUGAUCCCGCAGCAAAAUCUUUGCCGCAAUUUCAUUGGACAAAAAGUCGUAUGGAACGGAACAUUCGAGGAAGCUCAAAUCACACAAGUUUUAAAUAGCAUCGAACCUAUGCUGACAGGACUGCCUUCUCUUGUCGUCAAUAAAAUUCGCUGUAACUUUGGAUCCCCGUAUGGUGACUGUAACUCGACGGAAAUGUCAGCAGACGAACAAACAGUGUGCAAGCUGAAGGCAGCUUCAGGUCAAACUUGUCAUUUUAACGAAUAUGACACAUUUUCGUUCAAAAUGACAGUAUCGAUGCCAAAAUUCAAAGGAAAACUAACAUUAGAUGCGGGAGAAACAUUUAAGAAUAUUCUGGAAAUUCUAAAGACGGGAGAUUCCUUAGAAUUCGUUGCCGUUCUUGGUGAAAACCAAGGUACAGCAAUGCCAAGUUUUCAACUUAAGGACAUCCGCUGCACUAGUCGGAUACUUCCGGUGGUUUUAGAAAAACCGGAAGAAGAUGAUGAUGUUCUUCUAGCACGGGCAACAAAUGAAGCAAUAGCAACUACUGUUAAUUUCUUCUUGUUUCCUGCUUUAGAAUAUUCUCCAAAAAUGACCUGAAACGUCUAGAUCAUCCUCGAUAUCCCGGUGUUACGCUCACUUUCGCUCUCUACACCCCUGGAAUAUGUCAUAGCAAAAUUGAA